AUUAUUAUCUCAUUCACUUGUUAUUAUUAUUAUUACUUACAACACCUCCCCCCACCCAUUCUGGCCAUUUGCGUCCGAAGGCCAAACAGAAACUCUGCAGUAAUCUCAGCUCUUCACUUUUCAUGGGUUCCUCACCCAUUUAUAUAUAGAUACAAACACAGAGAGAGAGAGAGAGAGAGAGACUGAGAUCUUGCACAUUAACCCCUUUUGUGUAUGAACUGGUUGAUUCUGGAAAAUGGGUUCUCAUUUCUGGCAAAUGGGGUUGUGUUUCUGGGUCUGUUUCUCUGCUUUCAGCUUCAUUCAUUCUGUAAAUUCACAGGGCUUCGGAGGAGGAAGUAUUGAAGGCACUGUCCACGUUAGUGGCAAAGAUGCCAUUGGUAAAAUUGAUGAUGAUUUUAUUUGUGCAACUUUGGAUUGGUGGCCUCCUGAGAAAUGUGACUAUGGGACAUGCAGCUGGGGUCGUGCUUCUUUCCUCAAUCUGAAUCUAAGCAGCAGUAUCUUAUUAAAUGCUGUGAAGGCUUUCUCACCCUUGAAACUUAGAUUGGGGGGUACCUUGCAAGAUAAGGUCAUAUAUGCUACACCAGACAAUAAGCAACGCUGUGUUCCUUUUCAAAAAAGCACCACAGAGAUGUUUGGUUUUACUCCGGGGUGCUUGCCCAUGAACAGAUGGGAUGAAUUAAACUCCUUUUUUCAGAAAUCUGGGGCCAAGAUUAUCUUUGGAUUAAAUGCUCUCACUGGACGAACAAUACAUUCUAAUGGUACUGCAACUGGAGCUUGGGACUACAAAAAUUCUGAGUCUUUCAUCCGUUACAGUGUUAAAAAGAACUACACAGUACAUGGUUGGGAGCUUGGGAAUGAAUUGUGUGGACAUGGAAUUGGAACAACAAUCGGAGCGAGUCAAUACGUCUCUGAUACAGCUUCUCUGCAAAAGAUAAUACACGAUAUAUACAAGGGUGUUGAACCAAAGCCACUAAUCCUAUCACCUGGAGGAUUCUUUGAUGCAAAGUGGUUCAAAGACUAUACAGAUAAAACAACCACAUCCUUGGACGUGGUCACCCACCAUAUAUAUAAUCUAGGGCCAGGGGUUGAUCAACACCUUAUUGAAAAGAUUCUUGAUCCAUCCUAUCUCGACGGUAUUGCUAGCACAUUUAGCGACCUCCGUAACAUCCUAAAGAGUUCUGCAACUUCAGCAGCUGCAUGGGUUGGGGAGGCAGGAGGUGCUUACAACAGUGGCCGUCAUCUUGUCAGCAAUUCAUUUGUAUUUAGUUUCUGGUAUUUAGAUCAGCUUGCUAUGUCAGCAGCUUAUGAUACCAAAACGUACUGCAGACAGACAUUGAUUGGUGGAAACUAUGGUUUACUCAACACCACUACCUACGAACCCAAUCCAGACUACUACAGUGCUCUUCUUUGGCACCGAUUAAUGGGAAGAAAUGUACUGGCAACCAGCUUUUCUGGACCGAAAAAGAUACGUGCUUACGCACACUGUGCAAAACAAUCUAAAGGGAUUACAGUACUAUUGAUCAACCUACAAAACACGACGACGGUGGAGGCAAGAGUUGCCUUCAACAAUUCCUGGACUUUGCGACAUAAACACAAAUCUCACAAGUCUCAUAGAGCACACCUGAAGUUCCAUCAGGGUUUGAGAAGUGAAACAGUAAGAGAAGAAUACCAUCUAACAGCAAAGGAUGGAAAUUUACAAAGCCAAACCAUGCUGCUAAAUGGAAAUGCUUUGACCUUAAAUUCAUCUGGGAUCAUACCUAACUUAGACCCUGUAUAUGUAAAUUCAUCAGAACCAAUUUUGGUUGGUCCAUCUUCAAUUGUAUUUGCUCACAUACCAUAUGUUGUUCUGCCUGCUUGCAGGUAGGCAGUGCUAUAUGUGCUCUAACUGGUAUCAUAUAGUGCUUGAUUCCUUAAAUAAGAGGUAGAGGAGAGUACAAUUCAAUUUCA